AUGGGACCAGUCGACGAGAUCGGCACGAUUGCUGGCGGUGAAACGGACAACACUGACAACAACGACAGUGACAAUGAUGACACUGAUAACAAAAUCCUCACCCCACCCAGCCCCAAUACCGAUGUCGAGCAUGCAGGAAGGGUUGACAAUCCAAUGGACCAUGGUUUUCGAGCCACCACCGUCGGCCAAGAAGAGCAAACAUCCAAUCAUCUGCCGGAGGCACCGCCUGUCCGGGACUAUCGCGAUGCCAAUGGCAUCGACCAUGGUUACGCCAUGAGGGAGGCAAACCCUGCCUCUGCCACCCGCAUUAUCCUUUCGAACGAUACAAAGCAAAGCAACAAGGACAAUCUACCAAACGAAGGGGGUAGUGGCUGGGGUCUCAAUGGAUAUUCUCCGCUGGAUACAUGGUCCACUCCAUCCUCUCAGCCUUCAUUUCAUUUGUCAUUGGUUCCAAAGGGAGGAACAUACUGCUUACGGAGCGACUCCAAAAUCCAGCAGACUGUAGGCCCCAUCACCGUCACCCACGAGACAGAGCAAACAGCCACUCCACCGUUCCGCGAGUAUCGAGGCAGCAGUUGCUUAGACCUGCUCCGGAUCCCAAAGAUGUCAGGGUACUUCCUGCCUCCCUCAACCACCUGA